AUGUCGACGCAAAAGGCGCCCAGGGCUGUUUUGUUUGAUAUUGGAGGGGUGAUCGUAUCACUCACCAAAUGGGGCAUGGCAGCGUCUGGAAAGGGGGAGUUGACAGUUGGCAACGAUUUCUUCCAAGAUUUUACGAAGGAUCUCUGCAGCGAAAAUGCUUGGCAGCAGUUCCAUCAAAGCGACGCGAAGAGUCUGAAGGAAAAAGCUAACCCUUCGCAGCUAGGAGACCAUGUGAGUCUCAAGGCUGAGGCAGCGGACUCAGAGCCGACUCAUGAUGAUCGAGGAGCUCAAGGCACUUUAGCUUCCGACGAAGAUCUUGAAAGGAAGCGACCGUCUCUGUCCAAGCUUGCUGAGGACACAACCAUCGGAGAUCCUGUAAGUCUAGAGUCGGAGGAAGUAGUCCAAGGCCAGAAUGAGAAAGGGGCCGGUGCGACCGGCGGACGUGAUUCUCCCCAAUCAUCAAAUAGUCAAAGCACAGCUUCAAAGACACCACGGAUAGAUGGCGAGACACUCUUCUGGAGUGUGAUGUCUGCAUCUCGACAACGGGAUCCCUAUGUCUUUCCUGCCCUCGAGCGCCUUGCAAAGCAGAAGUCGCGACCAAUCCUUGGCGCUUUGUCAAAUACCGUCAAAUACCCACCGGAGCAUGCUUGGAGUAAACCUGACCAAGCUUAUCCUUUUAACCCUGAAUCGGUUUUCGAUAUUUACAUAUCAUCAUCAGAGAUAGGAAUGCGGAAGCCGUCCAAAGACAUUUACGAGUUUGCAUUGCAGAAGCUGAAUGAGAAAGAUAAGGAGAGAGGCGGCCAAGGUAUUGGAGCUGGAGACGUAGUCUUUCUUGAUGACAUUGGAGAAAAUUUGAAAGUCGCCAAAGAGGUUGGUAUGAGAACAAUCAAUGUGCAAUUAGGAAAGACAUGGAGAGCAGUCAAGGAAUUGGAAAGAAUGCUGGAUGCGGACCUCAUGGAUGAGAAGACUCGGAGAGCAAAGCUCUAG